CUUGAAUACUUCCCUCCUACGGGGGAAAAAUUAGAUUUCUCUCAUCUCAAGGUACCAACACUCAUUGAGGUGUGGGGUUAUUGUUUGGUUGGUCACUUUUCGGGAAGGUUUCCGGGACUUAAAGCCAUAUAUACCAUGACCAAAGCAUGGGAGGUGGAGGUACAAGUCAAAACACAUAGCAAAGGUUGGGUCAUAUUCAAGUUUCUAUGCGAGGAUGACCGAACCAAGGUACUAGCCGAAGGGCCAUAUAUUCUAUAUGGCAAAACUAUGUUCCUUAAAGAAUUAUCGGAAGACUUCUCUACAAAUAGUGACGAGUUCCUCAAAGUGCCAACAUGGGUGAAAUUCCCUAGGCUUUCUAUGCGUUUGUGGCAAGCAAAUGAGAUUGGGAGGAUUGCCUCUAUGGUGGGUGUCCCUAUUACGACCGAUAAAGUUACUCAAGACAAAACCUACACUAGUUUUGCUAGAGUACUAAUUGAAAUUGAUGCCUCCAAGCCACCGACCCUCCAAUUUCCAAUUAUCCUCCCCUCGGGCAAAGAGUAUGUGCAAACAGUCCUAUACGAGACCUACCCUAAUUUUUGUUGUCAUUGCAAAAAAUUUGGGCAUCACUUCUUCACGUGUAAGGUUCUCAACCCGCCAAAGGAAAAGGUAAUUGAGGAGAUCUCGACCAAGGGAAAAACAGUGGGGGUAACAACGGAGAAGGGGGCGAACUUCCAGGUGGUCACUUACAAAAAGAAGCAACCUAACGCUCCGUUACAAGGCAGGUUACAAACUGCCUAUAAGCUGCCGGUCUUCCCGUUUGUCCCCAAAAAUGUUGAAAAUGUUUGGGGCAAAAAGCAUGUUGUUGAUAAAGAUUGGGAUGGACGUCAAGUUUCUAGCGUACAUGAGAUGGAAGUUGAUGAUAUAGUUACAAAAUUUGUAACUAAAGAAGACGGAGUGCACUUGGCGUUUGUUAAGAAGAGGCACCAAAUUGAGAGCCAUGCUUCCAUUGUUAGUAUUGGGAGAGACCUUCAUAGGGAGCCUCGCAUGGAUGAACCGGCUGUUUGCUUCACGGACUCUUGUCUUGUAUCACUUCCCGGAGUCAAACGUGCAAGGAGAUGGUACGUAUUUAAUAAAGAAAUUUUUAUUCUUAAUGUUGCUUGUUUUUUUGAUGUCAAUGCGAGGCACAACAAGGAUUUCUUGCAAGCUAAAAAACUGCCCAAGGAGAGUGUUAUCCCUUCCACGGCUUUGCAAUCAAGAGGAGAAGGUGCGAGUUCCUCCAAACUGCCGGCACCGCUUACGAAGGCAGCACUUUUGGAUCCUUUAACCGGGGAGAAAGUCGCGCAACAAGUUGAAAAUCCGGAGGGACGAAGAGUUCGCAAUAUGCACGACAUGUUUGAGGAUGAUGUAGUCACCAACAUGCUCAAGGAUGAAAACGGGAAAAGGGUGAUUUUCGUUAAACCCUUAGAUGACAUUGCACAUGAUGUAAAAGUCGUGAAAGUGGGACCUAGUCUUGAGUGGGUACCAUGUGAUGAACCGGGGGUCUUCUUUACCGAGCCGUGCUUGAUCUCAUUCCCAACGGUUAAGAAGAACAAAGAUUGGUAUGACUUUGAUACUUUGCUUUUCACUAACGAUGUGUUUGAUUUUUUUGAUGCCAACACUAGUUGGAACAAAAAAUACUUGAAAGAAAAGCAAAGAAGGAAGAGGAAGGCCGAGCGUGAGAAGGGGAAAGGGCAAAUUCAACCCGGGGAUGAUGGCUACACCUCGGAUUUCUAUCUCACUUGAUGAUUAGUAUCCUUGCUUGGAAUGUCCGAGGUUUGAACAAAACCUCAAAGCAUAAUUUAAUUUCUAGCUUUGUUAAAUCCAAUAAUGUGAAUUUGUGGUGUUUUGUUGAAACUAAAAUGACCACGGCCAGUUUUAAUAAAUACGUUUUAAAUAAAUGGCCGGGGUGGCGUUGUGAAAAUAAUUUUGAAAAAAUAAUAGGUGGCCGUAUGGCUAUUUGUUGGAAUCCUUCUUUUAUUGAUUGUGUUGUAGUUAUGAUUGAUGCACAAUUUAUGCAUGUUAAAUGUGUUUGCCGAACUUCACAAAUAACUUUUCAAGUUACUUUUGUGUAUGCAUUAUAUACCGUCUUGGAGCGCAAAGCUUUAUGGGAUAAACUCACUGUACUUGGUGACCGAAUUAGGGAACCUUGGUUGAUAUGUGGCGAUUUUAAUUGCAUUGCUACGCCCGAUGAGAGGGUGGGUCCUACCCCUCCUACGGCGUAUGUAAUGCAACACCUUUUUGACUUUAAGGUCGCGGCUUGCCUACAAGAUGCACCCUCCACGGGAGAGUUCUUUACUUGGAACAAAGGUGCACUUUGGGCCAAGCUUGACAGGGUGUUGAUAAAUGAUGUUUGGGGCAUAAAUAGCAUAAGGUGUACGGCCCAUUUCCAUGAAAUGGAGGUGGAGUUUGACCAUACGGCUUCCGUUGUGUCAUUACUCCUUAAUUCCUCUCCAAGGCCUAAACCUUUUAAAUUUUUUAAUAUGUGGAUUAAACAUCAUGAUUUUGCUAAUUUAGUAGCGCAGCAUUGGAAUCAAGUGAUUGAAGGUACGGCUCAAUUUUCCAUGGUGAGGAAACUAAAGUUGCUCAAAAGGCCACUUAAGAACCUCAACACCAAGGAAUUUGGACAUAUCUCCAACAAAGCUAAAGUGGCGAAAGAAGAGUUUAAAAGAUUGCAUAAACUUGUCCUACAACAUCCAUUGGAUGAGAAUCUUCAAUGCCAAUUGGAGGAGGCUACCAAGAGGGCUAUGUUUCUUAGUGAGGCCGAAUGUAAUUUUUUCCAACAAAAGGCAAAUGCGACUCACAUCCUUGAAGCGGAUAAGGGGACAAGGUAUUUUCAUGCGAUUGUGAAGAGGAAAACUACAAAGAAUACCAUUGCGGCCAUUACUCUUGAGGAUGGGAGUCUCACCACCUCUUUGGAGCAAGUUGGUAAUGAAUUUGUUAAUUUCUUUGUUGAUUUAUUUGGCUCCGUUGGGGAAACCCAACCAAUUGACCCAAGAAUUUUGGAUUCUGGCCCCAAAAUUGAACCUAGUGUUCAUGCUAGCCUCAUUGCCCCUGUUGAUAUAAAAGAUAUCAAAGCCGCGCUUUUUGAUAUUGGGGAUGACAAGGCGCCGGGGCCGGAUGGUUAUUCUUCCGCAUUUUUUAAAGCUAAUUGGAACCUUGUGGGGGAUGACUUAGUACGGGCUAUAAAGGAAUUUUUUCGUACGGGAAAGUUAUUAAAGCAAAUUAACCAUACGGUUAUUGCACUUAUCCCCAAGAUGACCCACUCACCAAAGGUUUCCGACUUUAGACCGAUUUCUUGUACCAAUGUGUUGUACAAAGUCAUUACGAAGAUUCUUGCCGCUAGACUCAUACCAUGCCUACCGGGCUUGAUUGAUCUAGCCCAAGGAGCUUUUGUUGACGGCCGCCUCAUGUUUGAUAACAUUUUCCUCGCCCAGGAACUUGUUAGAGGAUACAUGAGGAAGCGAAUCUCACCUAGAUGUAUGAUCAAGGUGGAUUUGCGCAAGGCCUAUGACACUAUCUCAUGGGAUUUUCUUCAGAAUGUUUUGCAGGGGUUGGGAUUCCCGGAGAAAUUCAUUGCUUGGAUCAUGGAAUGUGUAACAACCGCAUCGUUUUCGGUAUCCUUAAAUGGGUUGUUAUAUGGGCAUUUCAAAGGAAAGAGAGGAAUUAGACAAGGAGACCCGAUGUCUCCUUUGCUUUUUGUGAUGUGUUUGGAAUAUUUUUCUCGUAUGCUUAAUUUGAGAACCAAAGGGCCCAAAUUUAAUUUCCACCCCCAAUGUGCGUCACUUGGCAUUUCCCAUCUAGCUUAUGCAGAUGAUCUCAUUCUAUUCUCUAGGGGCGACAUUUAUUCAAUUGAAAUCUUGGUUAAUGCCCUUAAAGAAUUUGGUGAUGCAUCGGGCUUAAUGGUGAACCACGAUAAAUCGAAUAUCUUUGUGGGGGGAAUUAAGGAUAAUGAUCUAAGGGAGAUCAUGGCCCUUGUGGAUUUUGGGCGUGGCCAAUUCCCGGUGAAAUAUCUUGGAAUCCCACUUGCCCCACUUAAGAUCUCGGUUGCACAAUAUGCACCUCUUAUUGAUUCCAUUUCUGAAUUUCUUGUUGCAUGGAACACUAAGACCCUUUCCUAUGCCGGAAAAUUAGAGCUAAUAAGAUCGGUUAUCCAAGGGGUACAAUCUUUUUGGCUCCAAGUUUUCCCGGUCCCCCAAACCAUCCUUGAUAGGAUUGUUUCGAUUUGUCGUAUCUUCUUAUGGGGUGGGAAAUAUUCUAAAGUGGCUUGGGAUGACAUUUGCCUUCCAAGAGAGGAGGGGGGCCUUGACAUUCAUAAUGCUAAGACUUGGAACCAUGCCCUCCUUGCUCGUACACUUUGGGAUGUCCAUAGGAAAAAGGAUACGUUAUGGGUUAGAUGGGUCAAUGGGAUCUACCUCAAGGGUAGGAGUGUGUGGGAAUUCAUCCCACACAAUCGUGACUCAAUGUUCAUGAAGAAGUUGAGCCAUAUCCGGGACCGAAUUGUGGGAUGUUUUAACAACUUAAAUGAUACUAUUAUGGGACUUAAUGCAAGAUCUAUAAAUGGGAAGCUUGUCUCGGGAAAGAUUUAUGAUCUUUUAAGGGUUAAAGGGGAACCUAGGACUUGGAUGAGUUUUAUUUGGAAAUCAUAUAUUCCUCCUAAGUUCUCCUUUAACGUUUGGCUUGCUUUCCGAAAUAGACUACCUACCCAAGAAAAUCUCGAAUAUUUGCAUAUUGUUAAUAGAUGUGACUUAUGCAAGGGUGGAUUGGAAACAAUGCCACACCUAUUCUUUGUUUGCCCGUUUUCUUGUAGGAUUUGGGAACAAGUGAGGAAUUGGCUAGGCUUGAGGCAUGGCAUGACUACUAUUUGGAGCUCGGUCAAAUGGAUCCUAAGAGAGCAUAAAGGAUCAAAGUUGAAAGGGAAAGCGGUCCGGAUUGCCUUUUGUGCUACUCUAUACCACAUUUGGCAAGCGAGAAACGCAAAUCGA